UAUACACUUUGGUUAAUAAAGCUAAAUAGCAUUAAUUAGUUAGGUAGUAUAUUGCUUUAUAUUAAAUGAGACAUAUUACUCCUAAAAUAGACUUCCAAAACAUGUCUUUAGAGUUGAGAUACUUCCGAAAAUGGAAAAUCAUAACUCCAGCGGUUAAGGUGGACGGACAACUAUGCUAUACAUGCGAUGGAUGCGCCGCUUGGGAACUUCACCCCAGACUACAACUACAGCGACGCGCACCAAGAAACUGAGAUGGCUGUACCGGAUGGCUCUAGCGUCGACUUGGUAUUGAUUGGCAAGACUGAUAAUCGGUAUCUAUACUUAGUGUUGAUCAAAUUGUAUGCCACUCCUAUCCCGGAAUCUGCGGUUACUUGGGAGUUCGACAAGGAGGGGUGGACAUAUGUGAGGCAAAGAAUCGGCUUAUUGACUGUGGAGCACCACCUUAGUACCGUAGAUCCCGUCGGUCAGAGUUUGGAAGUUUGCGAGGAAGAGAUACUCAUAGUGUGAAAAUGUAAUCCCAUGAAGUUAGUAUCAUGCUGAAAAAGGAUGAUAUAAAGAUUUUGUCAACAAG